UGCGAUGCUGCGCUAGGAAGCAGAAAGCACCAGCUCCUCUCUCUCUCUCCUCCCCCCUCCUGCAAAAUCCACCUUUUCGCCCGCCUGCAGACGCCUUACCUCCCCAACCUUGAUUGAAAGUCCGGACGUCUUGAAGGAUGGAGACCCUCCCAGAGCCUCUUCUGGUCCGGAUCUUUAGUUCCCUCCCUGCGGUUGAACUGGUCUUGGUGUGUCGCCUGGUCUGCUCCCAGUGGAAAAACCUGAUUGACGGAGCUGCCCUCUGGCUGCUCAAAUGCCAACAGGAGGGUUUUGCUGGGGAAGACGCGGAAGAAGAAAGUGCUGACAGCUGGCAGACGCUCUACUUCCUGAAUAAGAGGAAGCGGAAUUUAAUCAAGAACCCUGAUGGAGAAGAGGGCCUUGAACACUGGGAGGAUGUGGAAAACGGAGGUGAUGGCUGGGCAAUUGAGGACCUGCCUGGAAAUUUUGGGCAAGAAUUCCCCAGCGAGGAUGUCCAUAAAUACUUCGUCUCGUCUUUUGAGUGGUGCUGUAAGUCACAAGUCAUUGAUCUCCGUGCCGAAGGAUACUGGGAGGAACUUCUGGACACCACCCAGCCUAAAAUUGUGGUGAAAGACUGGUAUGCAGCCCGGUGUGACGCUGGCUGCCUCUACAACUUGAAAGUGCAGCUCCUGUCUUCGACAGAGGAGGUGCUGGCCGAGUUUGUGAGCGACACCAUUGCUGUCCCGCAAGGCAACGAGGGCGAAUGGACCGAGAUCACCCACACCUUCACUGACUAUGGUCCUGGGGUCUGCUUCGUCCGCUUCGAACACGGCGGUCAGGACACAGUCUACUGGAAGGGCUGGUAUGGAGCACGGGUGACCCACAGCAGUGUGACUGUGGAGCCAUAGUGGCAGAAUUGGAGAGCCCUGGAGCCGCUUAGGAGCCUGCGCAUCAUGCCAUCCCUCAGUGAGGCCAGAGUGAACUUUGCAUGGUUGUCCUCGGGGCUGGAUGAAACCUGGCGCUAAAUGUCCAACAGGACUUUUAUACUUGCUGUGAUCUAUUUCUCUGGAAUUUCCCUAAGCGAGAGAGAAAAUAGAGUGCUUUCUUACAUUAAAAGUGUUUCCCUGGGUCUUCCAGCAAUGUAGAAUAAUAUAAUGCUGGCUUGUGUGUAAAAAAAAUAUAUACGAUAGCAGUAACCACUUCACCAAGGAUGUAAAACGUUUUAAAAUACUGAGAGUUAGGAAAUCUGCCUUAUACAGAUGGUAUUAGGGAAGGAUGAAGCCAUUGAAGUCUGGUUCAUUCUCAAAAGAGAUAGGAUCGGGUCGGCCUGUCACAUUUCCAGGCAGAUUUUUUAAAAGGAGAAAACAUUUUUUUAAAAAACCAGCCUUAUAAACUUGCCUUUAUUUGAGGACAAGUCUAUUAGUGGCUGCUGUCAGAGGCAGUGUGACAGUUUCUGGGAAUCGCAAGCUGUUCUGCUCAGGUCCUUUUCGUGGGCUCCUGGUUGGCCAUGGUGAGAACAAGAUGCUGGGCUAGAUACCUUCAGGGUAGCUAACAUGAUGCUCUCUGGAUGUUUUUGGACUGCAGCUCCCACCAGCCAGAACAACCAAGGUUCAGGGAUGAUAGGAGGUGGAGUCUUUCAACAGCUGCAGGUUCCCCAGCCCUGCAUUCAAAGAAGGCAGAGCUGUGAUGGAGGGAUGUGUGGGCAGUAAAGGCAAGUACUGGUCUACUUCAGGGUUUCCCAAACUUGGAUCACCGGCUGUUUGGACUACAACUCCCAUCAUUCCUGGCUAGCAGGACCUGAACAAACAUGAUUCCACUGAAAACCACUUGGUUUUUUUUUUCCUGAGCAGUGGUUCCCAACCUUUUUUUGGCCAUGUCCCACCUAAGCAUCUUUCAAAUCCUGGAGCCCCCCCUCCCCUGGUGACAUGUUGUUGUUGUUUAGUCGUGUCCGACUCUUCGUGACCCCAUGGACCAGAGCACGCCAGGCACUCCUGUCUUGCACUGCCUCCUGCAGUUUGGUCAGACUCAUGUUCGUAGCUUCGGGAACACUGUCCAACCAUCUUGUCCUCUGUCGUCCCCUUCUCCUAGUGCCCUCAAUCUUUCCCAACAUCAGGGUCUUUUCCAGGGAGUCUUCUCUUCUCAUGAGGUGGCCAAAGUAUUGGAGCCUCAGCUUCACGAUCUGUCCCGGUGACAUAUGUUCUUAUUCUUCAAAAAGUAAACUUCUAUUCAUGUGGAGGAAGCCUAAAGGCCAUUAACUGGUAAUAACUCAUUCUCGAAUUGCCCCCCUUAAAAACCAAAUUGCCCCCCUCCCCUGUGGGUUGGGAACCAUGGGUUUAGAGUGUUUGUAUCCAGCGCUUCAGCCAAAACGGCUCCCAGAGGUGGCUUGCAUACAAUCAACUAGAGCAGGACAGUUCCUACCUGUGGGCUUAUGAUACGAGAGACACGGCAUGAAAGGAAAAAGGGACAGGGAGGGAAGAGGGGAAGAAAAAGUCAAGCUGAGACACCAGUUCUUAAAUGGUUGUACUUAUAAGGACCAGCUGGCACAGAUGGAGCCAGUGCUUUAACAAAGCUGAUAAGAGUGGGCUCCGCUUUCCAUCUCUUCCACUAAGGUAGCCUGAUGGACAGGUUGCUUCCAGGUGGCUGCAGGGG